ACACCCUAAGUUCAGCUGCUGCACUAGUUUCCCAGACCUCAAGUUCUACCGCUCGAUGAGCGUGCUUUCGCUGCCGUCUUCAAGAGACCAACCCCGAGACAUAUAUAUGGGGUCCUACAAGACUCGUGUAAUAACGGACCGGAACCAGGACGACAUCUUGUCGGUGCUGGCAGAGGUUCUGGAGGAGCAGUCCCACCGGGAGCUGUUUGGCCUGGAGCUGGGCUCUGGCACGGGCCAGCACGUUGUCCACUUUGCCCAGGAGCUGAGCUACGUUACCUGGCAGCCGUCAGACAUCAAAGAAGAGUCUAGAGCAAGUAUCCGUGCGUACAUUGUGGCGACCAAAGUGAAGCGCGUUCUGGAACCUGUGCACUUGGACGCCAGUGAACCUUGGGACAAGUGGGCGGGCCUUCCACGCUGCUCCUGUGAUGUCAUCGUGGCCAUCAACCUCUUCCAUGUCAGCUCCUUCAAAACAGCAGAGGGUGUGUUUCAAGGAGCUGGAGAAAUUCUGAGACAUAAUGGCAUUUUGAUGACCUAUGGGCCUUAUGCAAUCAAUGGCAUCAUCAUUCCUGAGAGUAAUGAAGAACUAGACAGGACUCUACGUGAAAAAAACCCUGAGUGGGGGCUUCCUGACAUUGACGUCCUGAGACAGAUUGCCUUCUCCAAUGGAAUGCGUUUGGAGAGAAUGAUUGAAAUGCCAGAGAGCAACAAAUGCCUGGUCUUCCGGAAAUCGUGAAAAAGAGACCCUACUCACAAAGAAUGUUUAUUUAAAUGUUUAUGGAGGACUCAUCAUUUCUUCAUUCAGGCAGAAACAGUGAUUUUUUAAAAAUCCUUCAUAAGCUACUAAAACAUCUUGACUAGUCAACUUGUGAACAAUGUGAAAUACACCUUGCUUUAAAAGAGGAAACUGCGCUAUGAUGUAGCAUGUCAAGAUGAUACAAUUACACUAGACUACUGUACAUGUACUAUGGCCUACGAAGUACAAGAUACUGAGGGAAAGGCAAGACGUGACUGAGAAACGUGAGUAACUCAAAAAUUAUGUAUUAUUGUAACACAACUGUCACAGAAUAUGACAAAGAAUAUGACCAAAAUAUAUGUAUAAUACCACUUUUUGACAAACCACACAUGGACUGAAAUGUGGACAAUAAAAGAACCAGAUAUUUAUUAAAUAUAAUCUUACAAUUAAUUCUUGAAGUCAGACAGAUCAGUAUGAUGUGGUAGAGAGAGAUAGAGUUCACAAAUGCCAUUAAAGGGUUACAGAAGUCACUGGUUGGUGGAUUUACAUACAUGCGCAGUAUAUAACCAUUCUACAGCACUGCUGUCUUGCUAAAACCCACACAUACACACAACCCUGCACGCAUACAGACACUGAACGACACUUGCGCCCCUCUGC